AUGAGCUCACCCACGUGGUCUGUCUACGAAGGGGGCUCGGAUGACAGUUUUGAAAAGAAUAAAAAUAACAACGGCGGCAGCAGCAGGAACGGCUUGCCGCCGGAGCGCUCCCUGCGGGGCUGCGGGUUGCGGCAGAAGGCACUUCUGCAGCGCGGUGCGCAGGGCGCGGUGUACCUCGCGGAGGACGCCGACGGCAACACGUUCGCAGUGAAGCGGCUCUUCACGCAACGCAGCGAUUUCGGUGUGCGUGGUAUUUCCGAGGGGGCGUUGCGCGAGGCGGCCCUCCUCUCCCUCAUCGCACGGCGAGCCGCUGAGUUGGAUCUCGAAGGUGACUUUGGUGUGGUACGUUUGCACGGCGUAGUGGAGGCGCCGUUUCAUGAGCUCUGCCUCAUUCUGGAGAUGUGCCCGCUCGAUAUCUCGCGUGUUUUCAUUCGAAAGAGAAAGAGGUCGCAGGGGAUCUGUCGUUUGAAUUCGGAGCUCCCGCCCCGCUGCCCCAUUCUCGCGAAAAUGAAUCUCAUUCAAUACCUCAUGCGGGGGAUCCUCAAAGUUGUGCUGUGUCUCCACGAACGCUGCCACAUCGUGCAUCGUGAUUUGAAGCCCGGUAACUUACUCAUUGGGGCGAACGGACAGGUGCGGCUUGCAGACUUUGGUAGCGCACGACUCAUGCAUGAUGACGCUGCCACUUCUACUCCUGACUCAACAUGCGGGGAGUACACGCCCACGGCCAUCCGCACGACUGUGAUCUACCAAUCCCCCGAGUGCAUUUUGGGGGAGCGGGCCUACACGACGACCGCCGACAUGUGGGCCGUUGGCGUCCUGUUUGCAGAGAUGUUGCUGCAGCAGCACCUCUUCACCUCCCGCAGCGAACUUGCUGUCCUUUCUGAGAUAUGGAAGCUCCUCGGUACGCCGUCAGACGAUACACCGUCGUCGCCGUCAUCGAUGCCCCCCGCCGCUGUCACCCCUUCCACCGGCGAGAGUGCCCUGACGUACGCUGUGCGCACGGAGCCGACCAUAGCGCUGAAGUUCCCUGAGACAAUUGUCAACGCGGAGGGGCUCGAUCUCCUAAAAGCGAUGCUCACACUCACUCCGGGGACGCGUAUCACCGCCGCCGACGCCCUUCGUCACCCAUUCCUAAGCAGCGACGCCGCCAAGUCUGGUGACGCGGAAGCACGACUUCUGUGGCAGGAGAAGGUGCGGGCAUGCGCACAGGAGGCAGCGCGGCCUGUUGCAGUUGGAAUGCAGUCGCUCUUUCGUGCUGGUGAUGAGUCCGAUAGCGGCGGUGAGGAUGACGGCAAUCGCAUGUGUGUGUUUUGA